AUGAGCAAACCCCUGAGAGUCAUCGUAGUUGGAGCCGGUCUGUCAGGUCUGGCCAUUGCACAAGGCCUUGAAAAGAACGGCAUCGAUUACGUGGUCGUCGACAAGGAAAGCGAACCUCGCGACCGCAACUGGGGCGUCACUAUCGCCUGGAGCCACCCAUUACUCGCACAGCUUCUCCCCGCAGAGCUCUACGAUCGACUGCCAGAAUGCCAGCCAGAUCCCGGUUUGGACACCAAGGCUGCAGGCUUUGAGAGCGUCAUCGUCCGCGAUGGACAGACCGGUGCAACCAUCGUGCAGCCGCCUUUUCCGGGGGUGAGGAGACUGAACAUUCAGAAGACGAGGACAAUUUGGUCAAAAGGGGUGAACGUCAAGUUCGGCAAGACACUCACGGACAUUGAGCUGACCGAGGACGGCGGAGUCACGGCACACUUCCACGACGGCACCUCCGAGUCCGGCUCUGUUCUGGUCGGCUGCGAUGGCGGGGGCUCAUGGGUCCGGCGCUGGAUGCUGGGCGAUAAAGGGGCGUCGGUGGUGCUGCCGUACACGUUCCUCAACUUCCCCUUCCGCUACACGGCCGAGCGGGCCGUGCAGAUGGACAAGAUGAUGCACCCAAUCGUGGAUGUCGCCGUGCACCCCAAGUCCAUGUACAUCGGCAUCUUCCUGCUCGACAAGCCCGACCUGACCAAGCCCGAAACCUGGGUCUUCUACGUCCUGGCCACGUGGUCCAAGGAUAACAAGAGCGCGCCCGACGCGUCGGCCACCGACGGGAACAUGGUCGCCGAGCUCAAGGCCCGGAUGGACGACUGGGCCAACCCCUUCAAGUCAGCCGUGGAGUGGAUUCCCGACGAUGUCCAGGCCAAGGCCGUGCCCUUGAGGAUCUGGGGACCUCCGGACUCUGGAUGGGAUAACCGUGGCGGCAGAGUCACCCUCGCCGGCGACGCUGCUCACAGCAUGACGUUUCACCGCGGCCAAGGCGCCAACAACGCCAUCUGCGACAGCCAAAAGUUCGUGGCCGCCAUGGUCAAGGUGCAGAACGGCGGCAACACGCUCGCCGAGGCCGUGGACGAGUACGACGCCGACGUCAUCGGUCGUGGGAGAACAGAGGUUGAGGUGUCGCGCGUGCAGACCGACGCGUUCCACGACCACGCCAACUUCCACAACAGUCCCAUAAUGAGGUUGGGGAUUAAGCCACAGGCGAGGUAG